AUGGCAACAGGAAUUCAAAAGAAACUCCUCAACGCUAGUCAUGGCUUGAACAUUGAUUCAUCAUUCCGCGACUUCCCGAGACUUCCUUUCCCAGCGUGUGUACCAGUGCCAGACGCCGACGGCGAGGAGCGUGUGCAAGACUCAUGGCCUACCAUAGCUGCAUUUUCGCUUGGAUAUGUCCGCAGCCCAGAGUCAAUCGACGUCGACCGCGGUCGCUCCAGUGACAGGACCAGAUUGCCACCAAUUCCCAAUUCUUCAAUCACCGCAACAACUGCUACUGCACCCGCGAAGGACGGCGAAGGUACGGCACGGAGGAGGGUGUACAAGAUUCUUUGCGGCAUGACGAGGUCGUGCACGCAGCAGAAGGCCGAAGUGCGCAAGGGAGGAUCGUGA